UAUAGGGUUUACUUUUUUGUCAAAUAACUAAACAUUAUUAUUUGAAUUUAAAGGAAAUAAUAUUGAAUUUAUAAAUUUAGUUAUAAUUAAAUUAAUUUAAAUAAAAUAUUGAUUUAAAUCAAUUGAAAUCAAUGUCGGGUUCAGUGAUAAGUAAAGCCAUUCAACAGCUGCGGAGCCGUGAAUUUCGGUCAUAUCUUUGCAGUACACAUUUUUGGGGUCCGGUGGCCAAUUGGGGCAUACCUUUGGCCGCAUUGGCCGACAUAAAGAAGGAUCCGUCAAUAAUAAGCGGCAAAAUGACAAUCGCUCUUUGUAUUUAUUCACUACUUUUCAUGCGAUUUGCAAUUCGUGUCCAACCAAGAAAUCUGUUGCUAUUUUCGUGUCACUUCACCAAUGAAUGCGCUCAAGUAAUUCAAGGCAUACGUCUUGUCAAUCAUGAAUAUCUCGGCGACAAAAAUAGUCAAUGAAUACUAUGGAUCUAACUUUAGUUUA